AUGUAUGCAGCAUCUUUACUCUAUAAACUUUUCAGAGUAAAUGUGGACUGUCAGAAGCAGACAGUGGAGCCUGAAGUCUUAUUUGAUACUUCAGAACAGUUAAAGAUGAUUCCAAAUAGUCUUCUGUCCAUCAGGAUAACAGAGGUAGUAGAAGUUGGACAUUUCUGGGGUUACAGGAUAGAUGAAAAAAAUAACACUGUACUCCAGACUCUAACUGAUGAAUCUAACUACCAGAACUUGGUGGAUUUGACAGUGUCUCCACAUCCAGAGUUGGUUUGUCUGGCACCAUUUGCUCCUCUGGAAAACACAGGAUACUGUAGAGCUCGUAUUCUGAAUGUUUGUGGAGAUUUUGCUGAGGUUUUUUUUGUGGAUUAUGGCAACAGAUCAAAAGUGCCUUUAAAGAAAUUGAAAGAUAUUCCAAGCUGUCUUCGAGACCUUCCUUUCCAGGCUUUGGAAUUCAAGAUAUGCAAGAUGCGUCCAUCUGCAAAAUCUCUUGUAUGUGGGGAAUGGUGGAGUUACAGUGCUAACCAGAGAUUUGCCUCAUUAGUAGGUGGCCAUGCUCUUCUAGUGAAGGUGUAUUCACUUGUGCAUAAUGUUCUGCAUGUGGAUGUUUUCCGUUACUCGAGAUGCAAUGAGCUUGUGAAUAUUCGAGAUGUGCUUAUUGAAGAAUGUUAUGCUGAACCAGCAGAAGAAUCAUACGAAUCACGACAAAGCCAUGAUUUGCUCGAGGAAUUGGUUUUGGACCAAGUAAAAAUAGAAGAAAAAAUGCCUGUAUCCUCAAGAGAGAAAGAAAAGCAUCUCAUUGAAAAAUUGUUAGAUUUGUUUUCUGACAACAAAUCUGGUGCACCAACCCACAAGGUAACAGUUUUUGGCCCAUUCAGUCCUUAUGAGGUGAAAUGCUACAGUAUGACUAGAGUAUCACAGUUCAGAAAUGCUUUCAUACAGAAGGAAAGCAUAAACUCUGUUGUUGUCCAUGAUGCUCCAGAACAUCCCUUUCAGCAAUUGUUGGUUGCUGCUGCUUUAUCAACAAAUCCAAUUGGAUCUACUGUGAUUCUAGAGGAAACAACUUUGAUGCCUCCUAUUCCUGGCCUGCUUGCUCUCCUCAGUAUGCUGUUUGCUCCUGCUAUAGAACUCAGGGUUGAUGACAGUGGGAAGUAUUUUACUGGUGUUCUCUGUGGUUUGGGUUGGAGUCCGACCUGUGGGGCUCCACUGCUUCCAGAGAAUGACAUGGAGCUGACAUUUGAUGUGCGUUUUGGAGUGGAAGACAUAUUAGAGAUAAACAUCCUAAGGACAGCAAUUAAUAAGGUGCUCUGUGAAUGUGCAGUGUGUUCUGGACAAGAGAGAAUGACACAGCUGCAGGAAGAUGUUCGUCAGAAACUUUUACGCUUAAUCUGCAAAUCAAAACCUCGAGAUAUAAUUGUUCCUACAUGGUAUAAGAAUCCAUAUGCCUGGAAUCAGGUGGAUUCUCAGUGUAUCAUUGACCAGUCAGAAGAGCAUUAUGAAGGACAAAAUGGUUUUUAUCAGCUACAUAAGCUUGUUGUGUUGAAUAUUUAA